GAGAAUCUCACCCAGGGCCCAAGAAGCGAGAUGGCACUUUUAUUGGCCGUUCAGCUCCUGAAAUCGACGUUAUCGAAGCACAGGCUGAUCGAAUUUCAGGGACAAUGGGCUCCUUUCGAUGCCUUUUAUUCGUGGAAUAACGCAACAUAUAUGGAGAUCUAUGACCACACCGUCUCCGAACUCAACACAUAUAGGGGCUCAGUGUUGCAGCAGGCCAGUUCAGUAGUGUCCAUCACCGAUCAAAACUGCUAUGAAGGAAAUACUGGGUGUUUCUCUGUUUACGGCUUCGAAUAUAAGGAAGGAUAUGAAGAAGAUGGUGCCUACAUUACAUGGAUAAAUGACAACAAAAAGGCCUGGCGAGUCGGUGCCGGUGGCCUGGGAGCCAACCCGCUCUCUGAAUAUAUCAUUGUGAACUUGGGAUUGUCAGAGAAUUUCGGACAGAUCGACUACGAUAAUCUCGUCUUUCCUGUUCACAUGCUUGUCGACUACAUCAGGGUCUAUCAGCACCCUGAUAGAAUCAAUAUUGGGUGUGAUCCACCAGGCUUCCCAACAAGUAACUACAUCAAUGCCUAUCCAGAGGCGUAUUCGAAUGCAAAUCUAACGCGGCUACGAACCUUGGCCGUUAGAAAUUGCGCGGGCCCUGCCAAACUGGGAGGUUCAUCGCCAGCCACAAAAAUGACAGACGAUUCUAAUAGACCGUUGAGGCUUCUCUCUCUUGGUAUGUGCGUUACUUGGAUAUUCGGUUCAUGGCUCAUCAUUUGCAUACGAUCAGAUGGCGGAGGAAUUCGUGGUUUCUCAGAGUAUGUAUAUCUCCAUUCUCGAGUGACGAGGUGUCGAUGUUCCAUCACACAGAUAGCAGUAUACUACACCACAACCUCUAACAAUAGACUGAUCCAGGAUCUUAUCGGUGGAACAUCAACUGGUGGUAUUAUCGCUGUCUUACUGGGUCGACUACGAUUGUCUGUUGAAGAGUGUCUUGACUUGUACGCAACGCUCUCGGAGGAGGUCUUUGGACAAAAACGGUGGAGCUUGGGAGGACUAUGGCAAUCGAAAUUCGAUCAUCGCAUUCUAGAGCGUGUGAUCAAGGAGACAUUGAAAGAUUUGCGCGACAACAAGAAGUGGGACGGCAGAUCGAAGCCAGAUUUAGAGGCUGCAACGCCCGGAGACCAAGUACAAAAGGACAGGCCUCGACUCUUCAGGACAUACCCGAGUCGUCUGGGUAAUGCAGUCCCAGAUUGCCCCGUCUGGCAGGCAGUUCGAGCGACUAGUGCUGCACCGACCUUCUUUGAUCACAUCAUCAUCGACGGCCUCGAUUAUGUCGAUGGGGGAUUUGGGUGCAACAAUCCCAGCCGACAAAUCUACGAGGAAGCGAUGGAGAUAUGGCCUGAUCGGGAAAUAGGGUGUCUGAUUAGUCUUGGGACGGGUAUGCCCCGUGUGCUUGCCCUGGACAAUCCGACGCUCUUGGAUAGGUUCUGGCCAAAGGAUUGGGUAGAAGUAUUGGUUCGCGUGGCGACAGAGUCAAGGGAUGCAACGGAUAUCCUUGGAGGAGUGGAAGAAGCUCGGGGAAAUGCAGAAAUAUCCCGAAAGGUGAACAAUGCCGUCAAACUACUUAUGCCUCAAGAGGAAUAUGAACCAGAUCCCUACGAACCCGAUAACCGGAGAGGUAGCGACGAAGAUCUUCCAAGUUAUGAUAGAGCA